AUGGCGUUCCUGCAGCAGAUGCGCUCCCCUCGCCUCUCCUUUAUCCAGACAGUUGUGUCCCUCUUCUUGGGUGCCAUGGCCCUCAUGUCCUCCUUUUGGUGCGUGGGUAGACAGAAAGUGCCCAAGCCACUCUGUUCGCCCGUCAAGCACAGCAACUGCAUCCCCGUUCCCGGUCUCACCAAUUCCACCAGCAUCCAGUUCUCGUGGGAGACAGGGGACGAUCGCUUUGUCUUCCCCAGCUUUCACACUGGCCUGUUCUUCAUCUGCGAGGAAAACAUCUACACAGACUCAGGGGAGGAGAAGUGUCGAUUGUUUCAUACUUUGACCCCAGGAUCUGAGAAAGCAAUGAUGUGGCUGUCUCUAUCGAUGGAGAUCAUGUAUGUGGGUCUGCUGGUGAUCAGCUGCACGCUGCUAUCUCUGCAGCUGUGUAUGAGGGCCUGCUGCCCCUCCGCAAAGCGCUGGGGCCAGCUGCUCAACGCUUUUGCUGCCGUCUUCACAGUCCUGGGAGGUCUGCUUGGGAUGGUGGGUCACAUGAUGUUCAUGCAGGUGUUUCAGACGACCGCCUCAAUGGGACCAGAAGACUUUAAGCCUCACAGCUAUGGCUACUCCUGGGCAUUUUACGUGGCGUGGUUCGCCUUCACUGUCUGCAUGUCAGCUGGUGUCUCCACUCUGAACAACUACACCAAGAACGUCCUGAUGGUGGGACCCAGACGCAUCUCCAACCUCAACGCCUGCAGCUUUAACUUCGUGGGGCUCCUGCCACCUUAUUACACCCCCACCAAUACAGCCAUGACCAUGGCCUGUCCCCCGUCUCCCCCCCGGAUCUCCCACUUGUCCCCCUAUUACCACCCCCCUGCAUCAGUGUCACGGGCUCCGAGGGCACCUCCCCCCCACUCUGACUCCUUCCCUCCUCCCCCGAGGGCACCUCCCCCCCACUCUGACUCCUUCCCUCCUCCCCCGAGGGCACCUCCCCCCCACUCCGACUCCUUCCCUCCUCCCCCGAGGGCACCUCCCCCCCACUCCGACUCCUUCCCUCCUCCCCCCUCUCACCCUGCGCCUGCAUCCCCGUUCCACCGCCUCUCCCUCCCCUCUCCGUCUCCAUCAGCCAGCCCGUCCAUCUCCGUCCACCUGACCCUGCCAGGACACCAGGGGAACCAUUACAGGCCUGAGGAGGACUACAGCCCACUUUGA